UCAAAGAUCCAGGACUCUUCAGCUGCCAGGCAGUUCUCAGAGACCAAACAGCUGUUGAAGGAGUUUUCAACGGCUGGACAUUAGUCUUGCCCCCACGGAAGGCUCUGUUACAUAUUAAGAGGCAGUCUUCCUCUCCCUCCCACCCCUCAAUGUGGUCCUUAUCACGAAGUGCUUGAUCCCGGAUCUGUGUCAAGCCAGUUCCCCUGCAGAUCCUGGACUUGAACUGGAAACGCAACAGCUGUCAGGGUGACAGCUUCGGCCGAGAGACUUCCUCUGACCUCCGAUCAGUCCCCCCCAAGACACUCUGGAUCCCAAUCCGUUGUGACUCCUCGAGGGGCCCCCGCCUCCCGCUGCCAUGGAGUUUGCAGAGCUGAUCAAGACCCCCAAGGUGGACCACGUGGGGCUCACGCGCCCAGGGUUGCCUCCGGUCACGGGGACCCUUUGCAUCACCAGCCAUCACAUCCUCUUAUCGUCUCAGGCGGGAGGAAGUGGGGAAGAGAGUCAGAUGGAGCUGUGGCUUCUUAUUCGCAACGUGGACGCCGUUGAGAAAAGUGUUCAGAAUCUAACUUGGUAUCAAAGCGCCGGGACUAACGGAUCUCGAGAGACCAGGCUCACAAGUGCAUCUGGCACCAUUACGCUCAAGUGCAAAGACCUGAGGAUCCUACAACUGGAAGUCCCCGGGAUGGAGGAAUGCCUCAACGUCGCCAGUUCCAUUGAGGCUCUCUCCUCUGUGGAGUCGGUGAUGAUGAUGUACCCCUUUUUCUACAGACCCCUAAGCAUGAAGCUAGAAGAUGGGUGGCCGCUUUCUACGCUUGAGCAGUACUACCAGCAAAUAGCCUCAGAAACAGGCACCUGGAGGCUCAGCUACGUCAAUGAGGAUUUUGGGGUCUGCCCCACCUACCCCUCAGCCGUUGUGGUGCCCGCAACCGUGGACGACGGAGCGCUGAGGAAGAGCGCCUGCUUCCGCCACGGAAGGCGGUUUCCAGUCCUCAGCUAUUACCACAGAAAGAACAGGAUGGUCAUGCUCCGCAGCAGCCAGCCGCUGGUGGGACCGAACCGGAAGCGCUGCCGGGAGGAUGAGCUGCUGCUGAGCGCCGUGCUGGAGGGAGGGGGCCGUGGCUUCGUCCUGGACACCCGCUCUGCCCAGGCAGCCAAACAGGCCCAGAUGAUGGGCGGUGGGACGGAGCACCGAAGCUCUUACCCGGGAUGGAAGAGGCUGCACCGGCCUCUGGAAAGGGGCCGACCCCUCCAGGAGAGCUUCGUCAAGCUGGUUGAGGCUUGCAACGACCCUUCCCUCAACAUGGACCGCUGGCUGACCAAGCUGGAAGCCUCCCGGUGGCUGGCCCAUGUCAAGGAAGCCCUGAGUACCGCCUGCCUCGCAGUGCAGUGCAUGGAGAGAGAAAGGGCCUGCCUCCUGGUGCACGGAGCCGAAGGGACAGACACCACCUUGCUGGUCACCUCUCUCGCCCAGGUCAUCCUGGAUCCGGAGUGCAGGACCCUGGCUGGACUCCAGAGCCUGCUGGAACGGGAAUGGAUACAGGCCGGACACCCUUUCUGCCUGCGCUGUGCCCACGCAGCGUAUUCCCACGCCCGCCCCAAACAGGAGGCGCCCACUUUCCUGCUCUUCCUGGACUGCGUCUGGCAGCUGGGGCGCCAGUUCCCCUUCUCUCUGGAGUUCAGCGAGCGCCUCUUGGUGACCCUGUUUGAGCACAGCUACGCUUCCCCGUACGGCACCUUCUUGUGCAACAGCGAGAGAGAAAGGAAACUCUGUGAAGUGAAAGCGAAGACUCACUCUCUCUGGCCUUGGCUGAACAGUGAAAAGCAAAAGUACCUGAAUCCCCUCUACGUGCACAACCCCCUGGUCAUCUGGCCGUCUGUGGAGCCGCAGAGCAUCCUACUCUGGCAAGGUUUAUUCCUCCGCUGGGCCCGUUCAUCCCAUUAUCUAGACGAAGUGUGGACAGAAAUCCAAAAAAUAGUGGGCAAAACUCACCCACCAAGGACGUGCGAAACAGCAUCUACAGAAACUGCAACACAAACCUUCUCAGAAAGAAAAACCAAAGUGCCACACAAUUCAUCUAACGAUCACUUGUGAAAUGGGACACCCAACAUCAGGCAAGGCCUGGACACCUCUCCUUGCCUGGCAAAGGUGGACUUUAAAAAAUAGAGUAAAUAACUGAUUGGUA